UUGAUCCAGACCGCUCUAGUAAUCAGAUUCGCGACAACAUUAUUAGUAUUUUUACAGACCGCUCUAUCACGGUUCCAAUUGAAGCGCCACGUUCCAAAAUUUUCCUGUUGGCUUUUCGCUUAUACGCCGGGCGAUUGAAAAAUCGCGACGUAGCCGUCAUGCCGUUCAGAAUCGAGAACCUUUUGAAAAACGACGCGACCUGUGGCUCUUGCAAGAAACCAGAAAAGGACAGAGAAGAUCGGAGGGUUGAAAACGACCAGCAGGGGAGCAUCCUUCAGCAGACGCUUCUAAACAGGCUUCAACCCCCUUACUACAGGUCGGUCAGCGAGGGAAGUUUCCAACCCUACCCCUGCGAUAGGCUGUGCUACCCCCCGCACUUCUACAACCCUUAUGUGGUUAAUGACAGUUCAUACGCCUACGGAAGGAAAUUCUAUUCAAUAUAUAGUUUACCUUCACAGACAAUAUACCCUGGACCAUACAACCUUUAUUCGAAAAGAAAGGGUGGCCAAGUCCGAUUUACUCCGAAUCAGACGGAUAUAUUGGAAAAACGCUUCAUGUCCAACAAAUAUUUAAGUCCCGAGGACAGGAAGAGACUGGCAGACAAUCUCAAACUAUCCGACAGACAGGUAAAAACCUGGUUUCAAAACAGAAGAGCAAAAUGGAGAAGGAGCACCAGCACUUCCAGUUCGGAAACUACAAACGACAAUGAAAAGACUAAAGAACAAAGUGAGGUUUUAUGUAAUACAGUUGCCGGACAGUGACAAAGUAAUUAUAUUUAAAAACACUAUUUUGGCAUAUAUGAAGAUCAGAACAAUUGUGAUUUGUAUCGGAUAUAGUGAAAAGACUCAUUGAUCUGUAUUUUUUAUUUUAUCUAUAUUAAAUAUAAAUACCAAGAAUUUACAAUAGAUAAAUUCCUAAACUAUGGGUAAUUGCUCUCUUAGUUGGCAAUUUUACAAACAUAUUGAAUAAAUCCCAAAAUUAUCACUAUAGCUAGUAGCUAUGCUACGCAAUUUAAUUCUACGGUUAAAAAUGUAUUGAAAACAAAUAUUAAUACGCAAGCCCAAAACAUUUUUGACAUGAAAAUGCAAUAUACUGCUAUCAGAAUUGAAGUAGGUAUAUUCUAUUAAAAUUAGACGUAUCAUUUAAGGCAAUAUAGAAGAUAUCUUUAUAUAAUUUUAUACAAUGUUCACAACACUAAUCUAAUUAUAUAUUUUUUUUUUAAUCGAGAUGAUUGGUUAAUGUCUUUAAGAUAUACCUGUUACAGUAAGGCAUUACAGAAGGUUUUACACAAAUCUAAAAUCUGACAUGCCACUACACACAAAUUAUAACAUUAACAAAUAUUAUGCAAUUUUUUAUGUAUUUGAAUCUUAAAUGCGAGUAAAUGUCGCUAGAUCUAUGACAAUAUUGCAACAUAUUUUUAAUUUUUCCAUGCACUCCUUCAGUACGAGAUUUGAUUAUUUUCGAAAUAUUUCUACAAAUGGUGAAGCCAACAGAUUUUUUUUUAAUAUACAGUGUGGCUCAUUAAGAACCAAAACAUCCCCUAAAAUUGUACAUUUUUUUUAGUUAAUAAAUAGAAACUGAUGCUAGUAUUUAUUCUAGCAGAAAUUUUUAAGACAGUGAAUCAUUUCAUGAAACAUAACGGGUUACAAAGUACCUGAUAAGUAUGCGAUUUUUCAAAAAAAAUUAUUAGACAAAAGUUGUUUUUAAAGGGUUAAAUACAAGAUUAAAAUUUGGGCACUUAAUUCUGGGACAUCGAGUACGUAGUGACCUUCUAGAUGUACAUAUCGAACAAUGGAGUUAAUAUCCAAGGCUUGCUAUUUUUUUGGAAGUGAUUUUCUAGAAUAGCACUUUUUGUGACAAUCACUUUAUUUUUUUGGUAAAAAUGACUGCAUAGCAACCUCAAUAAUAUUUUUUUAUCUCAUUAAGUGUCUGUAUAAAAGUCUAGCAGACACUGAAAAUAGUUGGGGGUUACCGAAAAUUAACCAAUUAUUGGUAAUUGGUAAAUAAUAAUCUGCUUAUAACUUGUAAGUGUCUGUUAUUGAUCAAUUUUUUGCCUUCAGUUAU